CUAUGAUUGGGCAAACACUAUAAAUAAAGAGUUACAAUACAAACUUAAACAAUCACAGUAACUAGCAAACAUUCUUCCAAAAAAUUGAUUACAAAAAUACAUAAACUUACAGAAUAUGGGAAGCUCACUUGGGUUGAGGCAUUGGCCUCAACUCUUCUAUGCAAUUGCGUUAUGCUUAAUUGCUAGCACUGUUGUUGCGGAUGAUGAUAAGCCUUACUAUCCAACACCUCCAAAUCAAGGACGACAACCACCAUAUUACUACAAGUCUCCACCCCCAUCAUCUCCUUAUGUCGACAAAUUCCCUCCAUAUUACUACAAAUCUCCACCUCCACCAUCUCCAUCACCACCACCACCUUAUUUCUACAAGUCUCCUCCACCUCCAUCUCCCUCUCCUCCUCCACCAUAUGUUUACAACUCACCACCACCUCCAUCCCCUUCACCUCCACCUCCAUAUAUCUACAAGUCACCACCUCCUCCAUCUCCUUCACCUCCCCCACCAUAUAUCUAUAAGAGUCCACCACCACCCUCUCCAUCACCACCCCCUCCAUAUGUUUACAAGUCUCCUCCUCCACCAUCUCCUUCACCACCCCCACCAUAUGUUUAUAAGUCUCCACCACCUCCAUCUCCCUCACCUCCUCCUCCAUAUAUUUACAAGUCACCACCUCCUCCAUCUCCUUCACCUCCUCCGCCAUAUGUUUACAAGAGUCCACCACCACCCUCUCCAUCACCACCACCUCCAUAUAUCUACAAGUCACCUCCUCCACCAUCUCCCUCACCACCUCCACCAUAUGUCUAUAAGUCACCACCACCUCCUUCCCCUUCACCUCCGCCCCCAUAUGUCUACAAGUCGCCACCCCCACCAUACCCAUCACCACCUCCUCCAUAUAUUUAUAAUUCUCCACCUCCAUCAUAUCCAUCCCCACCUCCUCCUUAUGUUUAUAAGUCUCCUCCUCCACCAUCUCCUUCACCACCACCACCAUAUGUGUACAAGUCUCCACCGCCUCCAUCUCCCUCUCCUCCACCGCCAUUUGUCUACAAGUCACCACCUCCACCAUCUCCAUCCCCACCACCUCCGUAUGUUUAUAAGUCUCCUCCUCCUCCUUCACCUUCACCUCCUCCUCCAUACGUCUAUAAGUCCCCACCCCCGCCAUCACCUUCCCCACCACCUCCAUACAUAUAUAAGUCUCCUCCUCCACCAUCUCCUUCACCACCACCUCCAUAUAUCUAUAAGUCACCACCACCGCCUUCCCCUUCACCACCUCCUCCAUAUGUCUACAAGUCACCACCGCCUCCAUCACCUUCACCACCUCCUCCAUAUGUUUAUAAGUCCCCGCCUCCACCAUCCCCUUCUCCUCCACCACCAUACUAUUAUAAGUCCCCUCCUCCUCCUUCUCCUUCACCUCCUCCUCCAUAUGUGUACAAAUCUCCACCUCCACCAUCCCCUUCCCCCCCUCCUCCAUAUGUUUACAAAUCUCCACCUCCGCCAUCUCCAUCACCCCCUCCACCCUAUUUCUAUAAGUCACCACCACCUCCCUCGCCUUCACCACCUCCUCCAUACUACUAUAAAUCUCCACCGCCACCUUCUCCAUCACCUCCUCCACCGUAUGUCUACAAGUCACCACCGCCACCUUCACCUUCACCACCUCCUCCAUACUACUACAACUCUCCACCUCCACCAUCUCCAUCACCUCCUCCAUAUCAUCCCUACCUCUAUAACUCACCCCCACCUCCCAUCUAUUAAGCUCCGGGCUAAAGUUGUGUAAAAAUUUUCAUUGAAUUAUGUUAAACAUUAUUGUUGUUAAUUUGUAUUUCAGCUUCUAUUUGUCAAUAAAACAAUCUACAUUGGGUUAAGAGCCUAAUUUUGGUUCUAGUGUAAUUGUGUAUGUAUGGGGAUGGUGCUAAUUCAUAAGUCUAUAUUAUGUA